AUGAGCAAUUACUUGGAUGAUUUGCGCAUGCAUCUGGCGGCAAGUCCUGCGUCCGGGGGUUCAGCAAGUAUUGCCGUCGGUUCAUUCAAUAUACCUUAUGAGGUCACACGGAGGCUAAAGGGGGUGGGAGCAGAUGCCGACACAACACUUACUUCUUGCGCUUCUUGGACUCAGUUACAGAAGCUGUAUGAGCAAUAUGGCGACGAACCUAUCAAGAAGCAUUUCGAAACUGACAGUGAGAGGGGUCAAAGGUAUUCUGUAAAGGUGAGUUUGGGGAGCAAAGAUGAAAACUUUUUAUUUUUGGAUUACUCCAAGUCGCACAUUAACGAUGAAAUAAAGUGCGCUCUUCUGAGGCUGGCCGAGGAACGGGGCAUCCGUCAGUUUGUGCAAUCCGUUUUCAGAGGUGAGAGGGUAAACACGACAGAGAACCGCCCAGUCCUUCACAUUGCUCUGCGAAAUCGUUCCAAUCGACCUAUUUAUGUUGACGGAAAGGAUGUAAUGCCGGCUGUAAACAAGGUUCUUGACCAAAUGAGAAGCUUUUCCGAGAAGGUGAGGACUGGGGAGUGGAAGGGCCAUACCGGCAAGGCCAUCCGACACGUUGUAAACAUUGGCAUCGGAGGCAGUGACUUGGGACCCGUUAUGGCAACGGAGGCACUGAAGCCGUUUUCUCAGAGGGAUCUUUCCCUGCACUUUGUUUCCAACGUCGAUGGAACUCACAUCGCCGAGGUUCUAAAGUCGAUUGAUAUUGAAGCAACUCUUUUCAUCGUCGCGAGCAAAACGUUUACGACCCAAGAAACGAUCACAAACGCCCUCUCCGCCAGGCGGGCGUUGUUGGACUACCUGCGGUCGCGCGGCAUCGAUGAGAAGGGUUCCGUUGCAAAGCACUUCGUUGCACUGUCGACAAAUAAUCAGAAAGUCAAGGAGUUCGGUAUCGAUGAGGAAAACAUGUUUCAGUUUUGGGACUGGGUUGGUGGUCGGUACUCUAUGUGGUCAGCUAUUGGCUUGCCCAUUAUGAUUUCAAUCGGAUACGAGAACUUUGUGGAACUCUUAACUGGGGCCCAUGUCAUCGAUGAACACUUUGCCAAUGCACCCCCUGAACAGAAUGUUCCUCUGCUUCUUGCAUUGGUGGGGGUUUGGUACAUCAAUUUCUUCGGCGCUGUGACCCAUGCCAUUCUGCCGUAUGACCAAUACUUGUGGAGGUUACCGGCGUACCUUCAGCAACUUGAUAUGGAAAGUAAUGGUAAAUACGUUACGAGGAGCGGUAAAACAGUUUCUACCCUUACUGGCCCCAUUAUUUUUGGGGAAGCUGGGACGAACGGCCAACAUGCAUUUUAUCAGCUUAUCCAUCAAGGGACUAAUCUCAUUCCGUGCGAUUUCAUCGGUGCGAUUCAGAGCCAAAAUAAAAUCGGUGACCACCACAAGAUUUUUAUGAGCAACUUCUUCGCCCAAACUGAAGCGCUGAUGAUAGGCAAGUCUCCCAGUGAGGUUCGUCGUGAAUUGGAGGCAGCGGGAGAGAGGUCUGCUGAAAAAAUAAAUGCACUUCUCCCUCACAAAACUUUUAUUGGAGGCCGACCAAGCAACACUUUGCUGAUUAAGUCCCUAACGCCGCGCGCAUUGGGUGCAAUCAUCGCUAUGUACGAACACAAGGUUCUCGUUCAGGGUGCCAUAUGGGGUAUUGACAGUUAUGAUCAGUGGGGUGUUGAGCUGGGGAAGGUGCUAGCCAAGUCUAUUCUUCCUCAGUUGAGGCCAGGUAUGAGGGUGAAUAAUCACGACUCAUCCACCAACGGUCUAAUCAAUAUGUUUAAUGAAUUGUCGCACCUUUGA